AUGUUCACCAUUUCAUCCUCAACAUUCACAAACACAAUCUCAUCCUCAUUCCCUUCUUCUUCAACCUCUUCAUCCACUUUCUCUCAAAAUCCAAUCUUUCACACAACCCUUUUCGCAAAACCCAUUCUUUUUCACAACCCACUUUCCACUUCCCUCAGAAAACCCAUCACCACCGCAGUUUUGUGCAAGUCAUCUGAAGCUUCAGCAGAAUCAGAAGAACCGUUAGUUCCUGAAGAUGAGUGGCUUCAGAAACUACCUGAGAAGACAACACCUCUGUACUCGCAUAGCUUGCCUUGUAUUGAGGCGUGGUUGAAGUGUUUGGGGUUUAAUCAGAGUAAGGAUGAUAGGGCUUUGUGGUUUGUGAAUAAGCCUGAUUGGUAUGCUCAUCUCUCUCUUGAUGCCACUGAUAUCUACAUUAGGUAUUUGAAGAGUGGACCUGGGAAUCUUGAAAAAGAUGUAGAAAGGAGGUUUAGUUAUGCUUUGAGCAGAGAAGACAUUGAGAAUGCUGUGCUUGGAGGACCAUAA